UCUUCCCGUGCCUGCGUCUGUGCAUGAGCCGAGGCGACGUGAUCUGUGCCGUGAUCAGAGUAGUAAACAGCACAAAGCGCCACCGCCAGUCAAGAAGCUGGAUAGCAGCUCUUUUUGUGGCCGGUGGUGUACAGCAGUACCGGAAGAGGGCAAUCCAUCCAUGGAUACUUCAGGUACAGAGCCGUCGAAGGGCAACAACGAUGAUGGUACGGCGACCUGUCUUCGGCCAAUCCUGCCUGGAAUACGCCGGAGCUGCUCAGAAUGUGGACGAAAAAAGAAGCGUUGUGAUGGCCAACGACCUUGCAGGCGCUGUGUAAGGUCAGGCAGCCAGUGCACGUACAGCAAACGGCGGCGGCGUCUUCUCCAAACACACAAGCAAACCCAUCUUCGGCAACCGGAUCGCGAUGGGGCGCACGGUGGAGAGGUUCCGCUGCAUUCCACACCACCCGGCGCACUCGCGACUUCUGGCAGGCUACCGUUGGCGAGGUUCGGGCUGAGUGCAUCUCCGGCGACUGGACUUGUGGGAAUGCAGGAGAAUGCCUUCCUCAGCGACUUCUUCGGCUGCGUUGGCUUUCUCCCGCUAACCACCCAAAGUCACAUUCGCGAGACGAUGGUGAACAUCAUGGUGUCUCCCGCCAUACGACAGUCCUUCGUUGGCGGCGAUUUUGGCGCAGGAGGUCCUUUCGACUCAAUCGCAGGAGGGGUAGAGUGGAGCAAGGCCUCGGGAGGGCAUCAGCUUCCCAUGAACCCGUCGACGUGCACGUUCUGGGCUUGGGCAAUUAUGGGCUAUCUGUACGGCUUCAUGGGAGACUCGGCAAGGUAUCAGCACUACCUGGCUCUUUCGGAGUCAUUCUUGAGGAGUUCUAUGGAGGAAAGGUCUACCGAUAAUCUUCCAGUGGGGUUUGCCGAGGUUGUCAAGUUUAAGGAGUUCGCUGACUCAUCGUGCGGACAACGCCAGAUGAAGUCGUUUAACGCCGAAGAGCAAACAAACCCGCAGCGCCGCUGCCACCGAAGACCAACUAUUCGUGGGGGUAUUGGCAGCCUUCUCAUCAACUUGACCCUUGUGUUUGUAAAGGGAGCAAAGGGGGAUCUCAAUGCCGCCCUGGAGAGAGUUGGCCGCUGCGUUGCGGUUUUCGAGCGAUAUCCUGGCUUGUGCAGCGGCACGAUGGGGUACCACAAUGCACACAUAGUGCUGGUAUGUCUUGCAGCCAUCAGCGACCCCAGAGCUAGAGCGAUGUACGACAGUUUGCGGGCGACCUACAAUUCUUUUCGCCCUGCCGGCUCUCUGCCCGUACCCCCUUUGGAGGAGUGGCACGGUGUAGAUGUCUUCUGCGACGACUGCUAUUGCAGGGCGAUCGAGCAGCUCGUUGCAAGUGAGCACAUUACGACUUUCUCGGCGCCAAGCGUAGACACCAUCGACGUCGGCGAUGGAACGAACGGCACGGAUAGCGACCACGCCGACGAGACUCUCCCCGGUCACGGGCAGAGCCAGCCUGCAUGGCCGUCCGCCUGUAACACUUCCCAGAUGGUAAUCGACACAGUCUCCGACUGGCCGACUGAGAGGGGGGCUGAGCAUCGGAGGGGUUCAAGUGUAGGGUCGACGAGCCCAACUGCUCGUCCAGUAUGCUCGAACUAUCUAUGCUAUCAGUCAGAGGAUGGACUUCACUCUAACCGCGUUGAAGCCAGCUUUGCCAGCGUGGCCAUGGCUCCCGAGCCAUUGUCAAGGAUAAAAGAACUGAGCGAGGACGGCGGUUGGAUGGAGGAUAGGGAGGACGAUGGCGUCGGCGCAGAGGAUUGGUUGGAUGUGACCCAUGCCAUGUUGGGUGCGCUCUGAGCUAUGUGAUGGGAGCGUCCUACAGAAAGUCAACUUGGCCGGCAAGGUUUAGGGUGCGAAACCGGAGGGGGGCGUCUUCCUUCUCGAAAGCGUGGUCUGCGUGUGGCCGUAUCACUGCAUAUGCAUCCCGGCAACAGCUUUGGAGUAGUAAGUAUUGUCACAGGAGCCGAACGAUUUGGAAGGUGGCGUCUUCUUGAAUCUGAGCUUGAACGCGUCCGCGCGGUUAUUGCGAACGGUCGCAUCGAAGAUAUGUUCCGGGGACACGCGACGGACGGUGGCAUCGGUUGAGCUUGAGUCAAUGGCGUACGAAAUCAAAGUAUCUAUCGAUUCGGAACGCUUGUUGCCGGAAGGACGCCACGCCUACCAGCUACGUGCGGAAGUCUCUGUAGGGUUUGCCACCAGUGGAAUCUAGGUUCUUGAACUGGUUUGCGUUGUUAGUUGGCUUCGAGUAGGUUUUCGAAGUGUUGCUUUUCGUCUGCCCAACUUCGUAGUAUAUUGUGUGACAUACGCAGCUGCUGCAGGCAUUCAUCAGUUGCCGGCAAUCAGGCAUUUAGGAGCAUGGUAGCAUAAACACGAGAGACCAACAUUUCAGGACGUUUGGGUACAAGUAGUAUGCACGUCAGCGUGGUAUAUGCCAUAGGCUACCGGUUUUACGUCGUGUUGUACCCAUUGCAGCUGGAGGACGUGUUCGGACUACGCUUUAGGAUGGCGACAGCCGUCCAUCUGACAGAGCAGCCCGGAGGUAACAUGAUAAUCAUCGGCCUACCGUUGGCUUGCCGAG